CAUUUGAAUUUGUACAGGACUGUAUUAUAAUUUCUCUGCAGGAGUCAGACUGGUUCUCACCAGUCAUUUUGGAUAAUAAACAGCCCUGAGGACAGUUCCUGGACUUCAGCCUUCAACAUCCCUGAUCUUCUGUCCAUCCCCAUGUGGAAAGAUGGGGAAUGGAUUGUCUGAGCAACCCAACUUCCUGUCGAACGUGCCGUUCUUCCAGUCUCUCCACAUCGCCAUUCUCGGACUAGAUUCUGCCGGGAAGACGACGGUCUUGUACCGGCUGCAGUUCAAUGAGUUUGUGAACACUGUGCCCACGAGAGGAUUCAACUCGGAGAAGGUCAAAGUUUCCCUGGGCGGCAGCAGGACCGUGACGUUCCACUUCUGGGACGUGGGCGGUCAGGAGAAGCUCCGCCCGCUCUGGAAAUCGUACACGCGAUGCACGGACGGCAUCAUUUUCGUGGUGGACUCCGUGGAUAAGGAGCGCAUGGAGGAGGCCAAGACGGAGCUUCACAAAAUCGCCAAGACCUCGGAGAACCAGGGGGUUCCCCUGCUGGUGGUGGCCAACAAGCAGGACCUGAGGAACUCGCUGGGACUAGCCGAGAUCGAGAAGCUGCUGGCGCUGAAGGAGCUGGGCCCGGCCACGCCCUGGCACCUGCAGCCCUCCUGCGCCAUCAUCGGAGACGGACUCCGGGACGGGCUGGACAAACUCAACGAAAUGAUCCUGAAAAGGAGAAAGGCGCUUCGGCAGCAGAAGAGGAAGAGAUAAAGACGAUGCUGCGGUGUGAUUGUUUGCCGUUUUCUUAUGUGAAGGAAAAAGAUUUUCUCCUGGGUGGAUUAUUACGCCUCCAUCGCAGGCUCCCCCGUUCACGUUGCUGAGUUUUAUCAGUUCAGAUCUGAGCUUUAGAAUUCCCGGUCAUGGUCGUAAUGUUUGAGCUGUUGAUCAGGAAGGAAUAAGUAUGAAGAUGAGAGUUGCAGACACGUGUGGAAAUGUUGGACUGAGUUCAUGGGAGUUACAAAGCACUGAGGGUUCGGGGUCCGGAAGGGUGAUAGAAACUGUUUAAAGGAAGCUACAGAUGUUUUUAACAGCUGCUCCAAACAAGUUACCAAAAAUAUCAAAGACAAGUUGAAGGAUUAUAUGGAAAAUGAUUGAAAAUAAAGUUGUAGGUGAGAGAGUUUGAUUUCACCGUUUUAUUUGUUGUUGUAAACUGGUAAAUUUUUCACACUGGACUUAUUUUCUGAGAGUAUUAUGAUUUAUCGCAGUGUCAUAAGUUUGCUUUUCUGUCUUGUACCUUUUGUACAAAAGCACUUUAGAUCAUCACUUUGUAUUUGAGUUUACAGAUUUGAAAAUGGAUCAUAUUCUGAUUUGAUUUUAUUAUUUUUUUUUCUUCUCUUGCAGAAAGUUUGGACAGAAUACAGUGCAGUAGUUUUGUCCAGUCUCGCUUUUGUUCGUCAUUAGACUGCUUGUGCUUUAUGUUUUUGCUAAAUAAAGAAUGUUUAGAACCA